UUCUUUAUUCAUAAACUAGCACCGUACAAGUAAAAGGGAAGAAACAGUAUUUUGAAGUUUUUCGUUUAACUUUAGUGAACGAGAUUUGAAAUUUAUAAAAUUAUAAACUUAACAAACCAUAACCAGUAUCACUAGUAGAAGAAACACAAACAUCCAAAAAAAAGAAAAGAGGCAAAAUGUUAUACUUGAUCCUUCUCCCUCUCUUAUCCCUUCUUUUGGCUUACAAAUUUCUCUACUCCAAAACGCAUUGUUUCAAGCUCCCUCCAGGACCACCGUCACGUCCCUUCGUCGGCCAUCUCCACCUCAUGAAACCGCCGAUCCACCGUCUCCUCCAACGCUUCUCCAACCGAUACGGCCCAAUCUUAUCCCUUCGUUUCGGCUCUCGCAACGUUGUUGUCAUAACUUCAUCUUCCCUCGCUCAAGAAGCCUUCACCGGCCAAAACGACAUCCUUCUCUCUAGCAGGCCUCUACAACUCACUGCCAAAUACGUCGCCUAUAACCACACAACCGUUGGAACAGCUCCUUACGGAGACCACUGGCGUAACCUCCGCCGCAUUUGCUCUCAAGAGAUUCUCUCCUCUCACCGCCUCAACAACUUCCAACACAUCCGCAAAGACGAGAUAUUGCGCAUGCUCAAGCGCAUUUCACGCACCACGCAAGCCUCCAACGGAAGCAGCAGUUUCACUCACAUUGAGCUCGAACCCCUCUUAUCCGAUCUAACGUUCAACAACAUAGUAAGGAUGGUUACAGGGAAGCGAUAUUACGGCGACGAUGUCAACAACAAGGAAGAAGCAGAGCUAUUCAAGAAGCUAGUUUACGAUAUCGCAGUGUACAGCGGAGCUAACCAUUCCGCUGAUUACUUGCCAGUUCUAAAACUAUUCGGAAACAAAUACGAAAAGGAAGUUAUAGCUAUUGGCAAAUCCAUGGAUGAGAUUUUGCAGCGUUUGCUCGAUGAGUGUAGAAGAGAUAAAGAAGGUAACACAAUGGUCAAUCAUUUGAUCUCUCUACAACAACAACAACCUCACUAUUACACUGACGUUACCAUCAAAGGCCUCAUGAUGGCGAUGAUGCUCGCCGGGACUGAGACCUCCGCCGUAACACUAGAGUGGGCGAUGGCGAAUUUACUGAGGAAUCCACAGGUACUGGAGAAGGCGAGAUCGGAGAUCGAUGAGAAAGUCGGAAAAGAUCAAUUGGUCGACGAAUCAGACAUCGCCGUGCUUCCUUAUCUCCAGAACGUCGUCUCCGAAACAUUCCGGCUAUUUCCGGUGGCGCCGCUUCUAAUCCCUCGAUCGCCGACGGAGGACAUGAAAAUCGGCGGUUACGAUGUCCCGCGCGACUCGAUAGUGUUGGUGAAUGCUUGGGCUAUACAUAGAGAUCCAGAGCUCUGGGAGGAUCCAGAGAAAUUUAAUCCGGAUAGGUUCAUAGACGUAUGCGGAAACGACUACUACGUUUUCAAACUAAUGCCGUUUGGAAAUGGCCGGAGAACUUGUCCCGGCGCCGGAUUAGGGCAGAAGAUCGUGACAUUGGCGCUUGGGUCGUUGAUUCAGUGUUUCGAUUGGGAGAAUUUGAAAGGUGAAGAGAUGGAUAUGUCAGAGAGUGCUGGGUUGGGUAUGCGUAAGAUGGAUCCCUUACGGGCUUUAUGUAGGCCUAGGCCCAUUACCGCUAAGCUUCUAAUCUAAUUUAGAAAACUGGCAAUUUAUUAUCUUAAACAAAUGCGGUAAUAAAAUGAAUGAUUUCCAUAAUAAUAACUUCAAAUCAU